CCAGUUCAGUAUUAUUUCACUCAUACAGACAAAUAAAGCAAAGCAUAUGAUGGUGUUCGAAUCAGGAGACAGUUCCGAUGAAGGAACGUCCAUUGCCAGGGAAGACGAAGUAGAUGACGAUAAUGAUGAUGCCACUGAUUUCAAGAUCAGUGAAGAGCUGUUGAAAAAGGAACGAGAAUACAUCCGAAUGAACAGAGAAAUACAGUCAAAGUCGGCCAAGAUCGUUAGAGCUGUUGAAGAUGUUGUUAGAGAGGGAAGGGAGACAUUAGUUCGGCCUGUGACAGCACCAUGCGUAAGCCGCGCGGCGGAGGACACCGUAGGGCCGGCUGCAGGAAAGACAACAAGGCGACCCCAAACUGGGCGCACUGUUACUCCAGCGAAUUCGAAGCGGAGGAAAGGAACGCAACCUGUUGCAAGUCUGAGCAAAUCGUCACAUCAAAAGGAAGCGGCGCACUCGUCGACUCCACUUUCUCGCAACGCUUCUGCCGAUAUGCCCCAGCAAACAGUCGAAUCACAAUCAUUGAGCGGGUUACCCCCAGAUGUAACCGAUGAAGCCAUUGGGUCAGAAGCCGCCAACCGUAUUCUAAAAGCGAGACUGCAAAUGAUGCAGCAGGACAUGGACAGAUUGAUUUCAGAGCAUGAGACCAAGAAUGAAAUGAUAUCCUCUUUAGACCAACGUCUGAAGCUAGCGGAUACUGAGAAUUCCAAACUUUCAAAAGGGGUCCAAUCUCUCCAAUCCCAGGUGGACAAAUAUAAAAAGCAGAAUGAAGAGCUCAAAAAGCGAGUGGAGAGUACAGAGGGGGAAGCUGCUACACUGAAAAAGGACAUGGAGGCAAAGGCUCGUGCCCAACGGCAAUCGGAAACCGAGGGAAAUGCCAAAGAUGUCAGGCUGAAUCGAGCCUUAGAUGAGAUCGAGCGACACAAACAGGCAGCAGCAAGAACAGCGGCCGAUACCAAAGAAAAACUGGAAGAAUCCAAACGUGUGAACGAAAAGCUUUUGGCUGACUUGCGGAGAGUGCAAAAGCAAAAAGGCGAACUGUUAACUGCGUUUCGCAAACAGGCCCAGUUGAUUGAUGUGCUAAAGCGGCAGAAGAUGCACAUUGAAGCCGCCAAGCUGUUGGACUUUACCGAAGAAGAGUUUGUUAGAGCCCUGAACUGGGAAGUGUAGUGCCCCGUAAAAGUGUACAUAGAUAUUUGAGUGAUCUAAAAGCAUUCUUUGGCGGACAUUAGUGGUCUUUGAAUACGUC